AUGACGUACGCAGAAGAGUUAUCAGCACAACUGGAUGAAGCUGAAGUAGUUGUGGCGGCAGCGGAAGACGAAGAAGAAGCUGAAGCUGAUGUUGUGGAAGACGAGUCAGAAGCUGUGGUUGAAGAGGAAGCGGUAGUGCUAGAAGAGUCGGAAGACGUGGUGGUGUCCGAAGAUGAGGCGGUGGUAGAGGAAGAAUCCGAUGAUGUCGAAGAAGCGGAAGUGGUGUCGGAAGAUGAUGAAGUUGAAGAUGAAGAAGAAGAUGAUGAUGAAGAAUCGCACAGCGAGCAAGUAGAAGCACAAUAUUGAGUUUUCACAGCAGUUGUGUAGAAAGUAGAUGUGCAGAAUCCGUUGGUUGCCCAGGUAGCGCAACUGGAGCUAGAAUCUGUGCAGGACGAGGAAGAAGUUGAAGCAGUGGUGCUUGCAGAAGAGGAAGAGGAAGAGGACGAUGAGCACAGUCCACAGGACGACGCACAAUAUAACUCUUUCUGGGCGUCAGUGUAG